AUACACUCAUCUUAAGUCACAAUCCCUCUAAAUGUCAUAAACGCAGUUAUACUAUUACGACUAUUUACUGCCUGCAUAAUAAAAUCAUAUGUAAAUGUGUGUUUUGGUCAUCGUUAAGGCUGACUGUUGAUGCCCUCCAUUGCACACGGUGUGGAAUCUGGAGCAGUCUUGUUUAUGUUCUUUAAGGCAUCCUUAUGAAACAUGUGUUUCUUAUUUUAGCUGAAGUCUAGUCAGGGUGGUUGACAUACCUUUCUGAUGAAAUCAUCGUGAACUCCUGAUUUCAUUCAUGCUUCUGCAAAUAGUCGAGAAGCUUUUUGUAUAGCAAAUCGACAUGUCCGCAUUUGACCAUUUUGCAGAGACGUGCCACGGUCAGCAGUUUGGUAGUGUGCUUUGAUUUUAUCAUCACUGUAGUGGAUGCCCAUUUUAAUCAAUAUGGAAGAUGGAAAAUGUUUUAGUCGAUUAAAUAAAUGGCCAGAGAGGCCAUAUGGACAUUGAUGAAGCACUUGGAAAUUGUUUUUCCAGUCACAGCCGAGUGUUUGAAACCUCCUUUCUUUGACUUGCAUGAAAAGUUUUGCGUACAUGUUGGCCUUGGAGGCACUGGUCCUGUGUUUACAUUCUUGAAGGAGUUAGGUCAUGAUUUUUGAGGGAUCUUCAGCUUUGUUCUCUGGUUUAAUCAUCCUCACAGAAGGGUACUCUAUUAAGUAUUAAAGAUGCUUGCCAUGAAGGGGUUGAAUCAUUUUGAGACUGGAGAAUUCAUUAUAAGUCGUGUUUUCAGUUGAAUUUGGGGAAACCACUUGAAGCAUUCGUCGUGUUGAACUAUUUCAGUUGCUUUUGUUUGAUUUGUUCAUUGCAAACAGCUGAAAGUCUGUACAUUUAGACAAUAAACCUGAUUUGCAAGGGGGGUCGAAUAAUUUUGAUUGCAACUGUAUGCAAAACACCUUGUGCAACGCAAACGUCCCUAUAUUUCCUAAGAUCCCUAUAUUUAGUACUUUUGAAUGGAACAUUGUUCUACAUUUGUUUGUCAGGUAUUUCUAUAAAAGGUUUGUUUUGAAAUGAAAGUGAGCGGUGAUAUGAAUGGUUUUGGUGAUUUGCCCACAUAUGGAACUGGUUUUCCAAAAUUACACCCAUUUCCCUGCUCCAGUUCACAGGACACCUCCUCACAUCUAAACUCUCCUCACUUUCUAGUCUCACUAGAAAGGGUUUAAGAGGGCUCUUGGCAUAAACAGUGAAGGCGACAGGCAUUUAACUCUUUCCUUCUAAAGGGAAGUGGUGGUACUGUAAAGAUUAAAGCAGGGAGUGGUGUCUAGCAAAGAGAGAGAGAGAGAGAGAGAGAGAGAACAGGAUAGGAUGGAGUACAGGGAAAGGGAGGGGUGGACCAAAGCGGGAGAGAAAGACAGAGGGGGCAGGGAAGGAAGAAAUGGUGUGUGCUGGAAAGUUGUUCGCCUCCCAUGGAGUGGGAUGGAUAGAUGGAGAGAGGUAUGUGGGAGGGGAGAUGAGUUUAGGUUACACACAGGGUUCCUGCUGUCACAGGAGGAAAUCCUGAGAUCGGGUCAGUUGAGCCUCAUCGUAUCUGUUUCUGUUCCUCUCUCUCUUUUUGCUCUCUUUCUCUCCCUCUUUGUGAUUUAAGUGGCUUUGUUUUUUGAUCUACAUCUCGGAUCAGAGCAGACUACUCCACUCUAAUGCCCUUCCCUGACCUCCACGGCUGGAUGAGACACUGAAAGGAAAGCACAGCAUCGGGGGUUAGUAAAGAUGACUUCGGCAGGAGCGAUGCCCCCCUCUCCUCCUGAUCGCUCCGUAUCCCGAGACUCACAGGAUUCCAUGGAGGAUUACUGGAGUGAAAUGAGGAACAUCGAGGAGAACUGCCAAGGAGGCCAGGAGGAGAUGAUGGAGAAGGGCAGCAUUGAUGAAGCAGAACUGGAGGAAGCAUGGCUGCAUGAAGCAGGUCUCUCCACACUGGUGUCUGGACCUCUCACUGACAGUCCUACAGAGGCUCUCCUCUCAACACUCACUCGCUCUCAAGCCGCCAUGGUGAAGAAACGCCUGGACAACUACACUCAAACCCUACGCACGAGGAACAAGCAGCCCAUACGCCAUGUCCGGGACGUCUUCUCCACGGCUGACACAUCGUCUGCUGAACCAACACCCAGCGUGUCCCCAAAUGGGACAAUUACACCAAAACUGCCCCACUGGACACCUCCCAAAGUACGCAAGUCAUGCCCAGCGUUCAUGCCUGUGGAGAGCAGUAUGUCGGAGAGUCAGUCGGAGACGCAUAUCUUGUCGUUUGAAGUGCCGUACUCCGAAGCAGUGACAGUUCAUCGGAAAGGCCAUGACCGCCUUGACUGCCAAAGGAUCUGGAAAGGAGACAAGGAUUUACCAACAUUUCAGAUCGUGAAGACGAAGCAGGGGCUGACCAGAGUGCAAGACCUGUCCUCGGAAGACAUUAAGAAGAUCGGCUAUAUCUGUCUGAUAGAGCUAACCACGUUUUAUGAUGCCCUGGGCAUCGAGCUGAAGAGGAACCGGGAAGUUCGUAGCAAGGUGCGGGAAACGGGCAUAUUUGGAGUUCCCCUGACUACGUUGUUGGAAAAUGACCAAAAGAAAUUUCCUGGCUCUAAAGUUCCUCUUGUUUUCAAAAAGCUGUUGUCGAAGUUGGAGCAGACGGGCCUGCAGACGGAAGGAAUACUCAGGGUACCUGGCUCUGCCUCUAGAGUAAAGCACUUGCGUCAGGAGUUGGAGGCGAAGUUUUAUGACGACAGUUUUGACUGGGAGCAGGUGAGACAAAACGAUGCAGCUGGUCUGCUGAAGAUGUUCAUCAGAGAGCUGCCGUACCCCCUGCUCACACUGCAGCACUUGCCCGCGUUCACCGCCGCACAAAAUAUCACAUCACACAAACACCAGCUGCAGGCUCUGCACCUCCUCAUACUGCUUCUGCCCGAGGCUAACAGAGACACUCUAAAGGCUCUGCUGGAGUUUCUAAGGAAGGUAGUGGCGUAUGAGGAGAAGAACCGCAUGAGUCUGUGGAACGUCUCCAUGAUUGUGGCGCCGAAUCUAUUCACGUUUAGGGGAAAGAAGGCCAAGCAGGAGGAGAUGCAGGGGGCGGCAGAUGCAGCUCACCUGGUCCGCCUUCUCAUCGUCCACCAGGACAUUCUGUGGACGGUGCCGUGUUUCCUCAUCUCUCACGUGCGGAAAAUGAACGAGGCUUCCAUAAGUAAGAAGACUCCCAGCUCAGAGAAGACUAAGAGGAAACUACUGAGGAGACGCAACGCCGACAGAGAAAAAGAAAGGAGUGAGGUCACUGAUCUUCGUGAAGGGGUCAUCAGGGUGCAGGCACCACUACAUGCCAAGAUCUCCAUGGCGAUCCAGCUGGACAGUAAGACGAAGGCUCGGGACGUGAUGGCGCGAUUUGAUUUCGAGAAUGGGCAAGCUUCUCGAAACAGCAGUAGAAAACAGAAGCGUUUUUUGUUCGAGGUUGGAGGGAAUAUCGGGGAGCGCUGCCUUGAUCCGGACACUCACCUGCUAGAGGUUUACCGCGUGAAUCCUCACUGUGAAUGGGUCCUGAAGUCCAGAACAACCUGAGCGUAUUUAGGCUACAGCUACAGAUCGACUGAGGACGCUACAGCUGGGUCUCCUUUGUGCUCAUUUCAGGAUAUGGGUCAUGAAAACAGGAGAUUGGAGAAGCAGCCCCUCUUUCCAAAACACGUUUAAAAAAAAAAAAAAACAUGCAAGUUUUUAAACAAUGGAGCUGAGACAACCUCAUAUUCCCGCUUUUCAGAUAUUUAGAAGGAUUUUGAUUUAUCCUUCAAGUCUUAAUGUGGAAAGCUGGAUUUGAGGCAGGCAGUCUCCAGAAAGAGGGCUUUUCUUGUUUGUUUGGGGUUUUUUUUCCCCCUUUCUUCUCCACGGCUUGCGUCAUACAGGAUGAACAAUGCAAUGCUGGUCAUUGAAACUGUUUCAUGCCAAAAACAUGGGCUCCUAUCUUAUUGAUUUAAGGCCACUGUUGAAGCAUGUUUUCCCAAUGCGUACAAGGCCUCAAAUGUAAAAAAAAAAAAAACAAAAACAAAAAAAAACAAA